AUCCUGCGCGCCUCCGGGCGCUCCUGUGUGGCCCGACCCGUGUCGCCGGUUCCUGAAGCAGGCGACGGGAACAAGAUGUGAACUGUUUUUCCUCCACAGAAGAAGAGGCCCUUCUUUCCCCUCCCGGGAAGGCCGAUGUUCUGAAAAAGGCUGUGGAUGGGAAUGGCUUGCCUUACAAUGACAGAAAUGGAGGGAACCUCCACAUCUCCUGCACAUCAGAAUGGUGAUAUUCCUGGAAAUGCUAACUCUGUGAAGCAGACAGAGCCAGUCCUUCAAGUGUACCUGUACCAUUCUCUUGGGCAAGCUGAAGGAGACUAUCUGAAGUUUCCAAAUGGAGAGUAUGUUGCCGAAGAAAUUUGUGUGGCUGCUUCUAAAGCAUGUGGUAUUACGCCUGUGUAUCAUAAUAUGUUUGCUUUAAUGAGUGAAACAGAAAGGAUCUGGUAUCCACCCAAUCAUGUCUUCCACAUAGAUGAGUCAACCAGGCAUAAUAUACUCUACAGAAUAAGGUUUUACUUUCCUCAUUGGUACUGCAGUGGCAGCAACAGAACCUAUAGGUACGGAGUAUCUCGUGGGGCUGAAGCUCCUCUCCUUGACGACUUUGUCAUGUCUUACCUUUUUGCUCAGUGGCGGCAUGAUUUUGUUCAUGGGUGGAUAAAAGUACCUGUGACUCACGAAACUCAGGAAGAAUGUCUUGGCAUGGCAGUGUUAGACAUGAUGAGAAUAGCUAAGGAGAAGGACCAGACUCCCCUGGCUGUCUAUAACUCCAUCAGCUACAAGACGUUCUUACCGAAGUGCGUGCGAGCGAAGAUCCAGGACUAUCACAUUUUAACUCGGAAGCGGAUAAGGUACAGAUUCCGCAGGUUCAUUCAGCAGUUCAGUCAGUGCAAAGCCACUGCCAGGAACCUAAAACUUAAGUAUCUCAUAAACCUGGAGACCCUGCAGUCUGCCUUCUACACAGAACAGUUUGAAGUAAAAGAAUCUGCAAGAGGUCCUUCAGGUGAGGAGAUUUUUGCAACCAUUAUAAUAACUGGAAACGGUGGAAUUCAGUGGUCAAGAGGGAAACAUAAGGAAAGUGAGACACUGACAGAACAGGAUUUACAGUUGUAUUGUGAUUUUCCUGAUAUUAUUGAUGUCAGUAUUAAGCAAGCAAAUCAGGAAUGCUCAACUGAAAGUAGAGUUGUGACCGUCCACAAGCAGGACGGGAAGGUCUUGGAAAUAGAACUUAGCUCAUUAAAAGAAGCCUUGUCAUUUGUGUCGUUAAUUGACGGGUAUUACAGACUAACUGCGGAUGCACACCAUUACCUCUGUAAAGAGGUGGCUCCUCCAGCCGUGCUUGAAAACAUACACAGCAACUGUCACGGCCCAAUUUCAAUGGAUUUUGCCAUCAGCAAACUAAAGAAGGCAGGAAACCAGACUGGACUGUAUGUACUUCGAUGUAGCCCUAAGGACUUCAACAAAUACUUCCUGACCUUUGCCGUUGAGCGAGAAAAUGUUAUUGAAUAUAAACACUGUUUGAUUACAAAGAAUGAGAAUGGAGAGUACAACCUCAGUGGGACUAAGAGGAACUUCAGUAGUCUUAAGGACCUUUUGAAUUGCUACCAGAUGGAAACUGUGCGCUCAGACAGUAUCAUCUUCCAGUUCACCAAAUGCUGUCCUCCAAAGCCGAAAGAUAAAUCAAACCUUCUUGUCUUCAGAACAAAUGGUGUUUCUGAUGUUCAGCUCUCACCAACAUUACAGAGGCAUAAUAAUGUGAAUCAAAUGGUGUUUCACAAAAUCAGGAAUGAAGAUUUGAUAUUUAAUGAAAGCCUUGGCCAAGGCACUUUUACAAAAAUAUUUAAAGGUGUAAGAAGAGAAGUUGGAGAUUAUGGUCAGCUGCACGAAACCGAAGUUCUUUUGAAAGUCCUAGAUAAAGCACAUAGAAACUAUUCAGAGUCUUUCUUUGAAGCAGCAAGCAUGAUGAGUCAGCUUUCUCACAAGCAUUUGGUUUUGAAUUAUGGAGUAUGUGUCUGUGGAGAGGAGAACAUUUUGGUUCAAGAGUUUGUAAAAUUUGGAUCCCUGGAUACAUACCUGAAAAAAAACAAAAAUUCCAUAAAUAUACUAUGGAAACUUGGAGUGGCCAAACAGUUGGCAUGGGCCAUGCACUUCCUCGAAGAAAAAUCCCUUAUUCAUGGGAAUGUGUGUGCCAAAAAUAUCCUGCUUAUCAGAGAAGAAGACAGGAAAACAGGGAAUCCACCUUUCAUCAAACUUAGUGAUCCUGGGAUUAGCAUCACAGUUCUACCAAAGGACAUUCUUCAGGAGAGAAUACCAUGGGUACCACCUGAGUGCAUUGAAAACCCUAAAAAUCUAACUUUGGCAACAGACAAGUGGAGCUUUGGCACCACUCUGUGGGAGAUCUGCAGUGGAGGAGACAAGCCUCUGAGUGCUCUGGACUCUCAAAGAAAGCUGCAGUUCUAUGAAGAUAAGCACCAGCUCCCAGCACCCAAGUGGACAGAGUUGGCAAACCUUAUAAAUACUUGCAUGGAUUAUGAGCCAGACUUCAGGCCUGCCUUCAGAGCUGUCAUCCGUGAUCUGAACAGCCUGUUUACUCCAGAUUAUGAACUGCUGACAGAAAAUGACAUGCUACCCAACAUGAGAAUAGGUGCCCUAGGAUUUUCUGGUGCUUUUGAAGACAGGGACCCUACACAGUUUGAAGAGAGACACUUGAAAUUUCUACAGCAACUUGGCAAGGGUAACUUUGGGAGUGUGGAGAUGUGCCGCUAUGACCCGCUGCAGGACAACACUGGAGAGGUGGUAGCUGUUAAGAAGCUCCAGCACAGCACGGAAGAGCAUCUCCGAGACUUUGAAAGGGAAAUUGAAAUCCUGAAAUCCUUGCAGCAUGACAACAUCGUGAAGUACAAGGGAGUGUGCUACAGUGCUGGUCGGCGCAACCUAAGAUUAAUUAUGGAAUAUUUGCCGUAUGGAAGUUUACGAGACUAUCUCCAAAAACAUAAAGAACGGAUAGAUCACAAAAAACUUCUGCAGUAUACAUCCCAGAUAUGCAAGGGCAUGGAGUAUCUUGGUACAAAAAGGUAUAUCCACCGGGAUCUGGCAACAAGGAAUAUAUUGGUAGAAAAUGAGAACAGAGUUAAAAUAGGAGAUUUUGGAUUAACCAAAGUCUUGCCACAGGACAAAGAAUACUACAAAGUAAAGGAACCAGGUGAAAGUCCCAUAUUCUGGUAUGCUCCCGAAUCCUUGACAGAGAGCAAGUUUUCUGUGGCCUCAGAUGUGUGGAGCUUUGGUGUGGUUCUGUACGAACUUUUCACGUAUAUCGAGAAGAGCAAAAGCCCACCUGUGGAAUUUAUGCGAAUGAUCGGCAAUGAUAAACAAGGGCAGAUGAUCGUAUUCCAUUUGAUAGAGCUACUGAAGAACAACGGAAGACUGCCGAGACCAGAAGGGUGCCCAGACGAGAUUUAUGUGAUCAUGACAGAAUGCUGGAACAACAAUGUCAACCAACGUCCCUCUUUCAGGGACCUUUCCCUUCGGGUGGAUCAAAUCCGGGACAGUAUGGCUGCAUGAAAGAGGUGACCUUUACUCAGAGACCAAGUAGACUUCCAGAACCAGAGCAAAGCUCUGUAGCCACAUGGCCAUGGACUCGUGUCCACGGGCCCUUAUCAUGAUGCUAGCCAGAAGAAAAUGUGAUGCUGUCUGCUCAAGACUUUGGAAGCGUUGUGGAUUUUUAUGUACCAUCUGUA